AUGAAACAACUUAAAAGUUAAGCAAAAAAGAGUUAUUAUGACAAUUAAAAAUAAAAAUCUCAUUUCAGAUCCUAUACUUUUUAAUCUGAUCAGGAAUCUAUUGUAGAUAAGUUAAAUACAUCAACUGUUAAAAUAUUCAAUGAAAUGUUAUAUGCUAAAUCAAAGUAAAUUGAAUUGGAAUCUGAUUUUUAGAUUAGGCAAAAAUCAUAUGAAAUAGAAAAACAAAAAAAAAUUUUGUAAAUGAAAUAAGAAUAACUUAAAAAUGAAUAAAUGCAAAGUAAAGGUAAACCAAAAAUCAAUAAGACUCAACAAAUAUAGGAAAUGAUUAAUAAUUAUAUGGAAGCAUCCAAAAAUAGUAAAUUUGGAGAUUUAUUACUUAAUAAAGAAAAGAAUAUACAAUAAGAAUUAACUUCUAAUAUUAUAUAUGAUAAUUUGAAUAAUCAUGAAAAUAAUGAACCAGAAAGAAUAGCUACAUAGACUUUAGAAAGUACUAAGAUGUACAAUGAGUAAAGUGUAACAAGAAAAUCUAAUUCUUAUAUUCCAAUUCAUGAAAGAGUUAAAUUUAUAAUAUAAACAAAAAAUGACAAAAUUUAAGAAUAGAUAUAAUAAUAAUAAUAAGAAAUUGAAGAAUAUUAUACAAGUUUACCAUUCCAACCUUUAAGCACAAAAUCAUAGAAUAUUAAAUUUACUUAAUAAGAUACGGAUGCAUUUGUAAGUAAUCAGCUAAAGUGGAAUCAAGAAAGAGAUAAAUGGAGAUAUGAAUAAUAAUUGAAGAAGGAAAAUGAUACACCUAAAUAUUCUUAUAGACCAACAAUAAGUCCUUGGCCUGCUAAAUAAUCAAGUGUAUAAAGGAAGCAUUCAAAAUCAAUUAAUUUAUCAUUCUUUUAGUCCACAGCUCUUAAGACUGAGACUUCACCAAAUAAAAAUAAAAAGUCAUCAUUUAUUUUUUAAACAGACUUAAGAAUAGCAAAAAGAAAGGAAAAAGACUAAAAGAAAUUAAAAAAGUGA